AUGGUAGUCGCGACAUCGUCACCGUCUACGUCAACUGUACGUGAAGCUGUUGCUCGACCAGCUGGAGUCGGUGUUGUGAGAAAAUUGUCCGCACCUUGUAAUAUAGUCUAUAGGCAAGCUGGUACACCAUCUAAACCUGGAACACCGGUACGAACAACGAAACAAGUCAGGAUCUCGUAUCCGGCUGAGUCCGGUACAGCACAGCUGUUCAAGCAAACUGUACAUACUCCUGAUGGACCGCGAACGCAAGUUUUACGACCGUUCAUCAAUCAAUCUUCGGCAGAUUCUGCAAAAGAGCCGCAGAGGAUUGUAGUGUAUCGACAGAGUACGCCAGGGGGCGGGACCGUUCUUGUGCGAAAAACAUUUCCUGCGGGUACAUCAGUGCCAAGAACUGUGAAUGUUAGUAAUGGUGGUGUAGUAAGACGAUUUGUCACGCGAGAAGCAGUUGCUCGCCCCGUGGGCACCUCAGAUGCUUAUUCACGUGGAGGAGCAACGCGCGGUAAUGUCCAAUACAGAACCGCAGGCCAGUAUGUUGCUGUGUCACCUGCGUCGACAUCACAAUCACCGCAAAUUAUAAGAGGAGGAACUGUUGUCAGACGUGCAGUAGCAGCGAAUGGAGCAGUUCCGGGCACAAGAGUGACAAGGUAUGCGGCUGUUCCGGUGAGGUCGAGGUUGGGCUAUUCUUCUUCUUCACCUGAUCUUUCAACUUGGUCAUCUUAUUCACCUUCGAAUACACCUAGUAUGGCUGAAAUCGAAUCUGACCCUGUUGCCAUCGCAAACGGAGAAAUGUCAGAUGUUGUGUUUGAGCAUCAUGGUGCAUCCACGCAGAAUUUACCCGCUUACAGACAACAGUACUACACCGCCCAACGCAGGCCGCCUUUGCGACCAGGUGAAAAUAUUCGUCGGCCGCACCCUGCUGCUGUGAAUUCUGCUUCUGCCACACUUCUACAGCACAGAACAAUGGGGCAAACAGCUCGAAGAUUGCCUGCAGCUGGAGCCGAAGUUGCCGCUUCUGUUGGCGCUUUUGAACAUUUGGAUGUGAAGAGAAUGCUAUCUGGCAAUCCUGCUGCUGUUCCUGCUAGUAAUGUAUCGUCGCCGGCACCUACUGCUCCACCCCCGAAAUACUACACGAAGUCACAAAAAGCGAAGGAUGAAAUGCGACUUGCUCAUCAGACUGCUACCGAGAAACGCUCGGAAAUUGACGAAGAUGAGGAAAAUCUGGGUUACGCGGAGACAUAUGCUGAUUAUGUGCCGGCAAAACUUCGCUCAGGCGUUUCACAUCCGGAUAGCGUGGUGGAGACUGCAUCUUUGAGUAGUGUAGCUCCUCCGGAUGUGAAAUAUCAGAUUAGCAUCCCUGAAUAU